AUGCCUCCUACCGAAGAGGCCCCGCAGCCAAGAGGUGACCAAGCUCCCACUACAAAGAAGCCACGACGCAAGCCUCGCCACAAGAAGCCGGUGAACGAGCUCCUCGUGACAGCAGCGGCGCUGGACAUCGUUGUCACCGUCCGCGGCAACCCGCGCAUGGCGGACUUUCUCAAGACACCACGCUUCCGGAACGGCGUGGUAAAUGACACAGGCACCCCUGAGAAUCACUUCGACUGGGCCAGGGUGGAGCUCGAGCCGGCCAUACAGAGCGCGGACACGCGCCUUAAUGACUGGAAGCAAGGCGCAAGUGCAGAAGACGUGAAACCCCACGUCAAGGUGCCCCUCAAAGCAAGUACCGCGGCGUCACCAGCGACAGUGUCAGCGCCCGCAUCCGCACAAGCACCAGAUCUCCAGGCGAAGGCGCCUCUCGAAGCAAGUUCUGCGGCGCCACCAGCGGCGGUGUCAGCGCCUACACCCGCAUCCGCACAAGCGCCAGCUCUCCAAACUCAGCAACCGGCCGCAUCUGUGACUAUGCAGGAUGUGCUGGACCGGUUCGACAAAGUGGAAGCCAGGCUUCAGGACGAGGUCGGCACACUGAAGGUAAAGGUCGACAAGCUGGAGGUGGACAACAGGACGCUGAAGGGGCAGGUUGGCGCGCUGAAGGGGGAGAACAGAAUACUGAAUCGGAACAGCAGCAAACUGGAGGGGAAGAUAGGCGCACUGGAGAGGAAGAACAAAACACUGGCGAGGAAGGUCGGAUCGCUCAAGGGGGACAAUAGCAGGCUGACUCGGGAGGUCGGCAUGCUGAAGCGCGACUCGAAUGCGCAGCAGAGGAACGUCGACACGCUGGAGCGAGAGUUGAAUGUGGCAAGCGAGAAGAUCGAAAACCAGGGUAAAUUCAUCGAUACGUUGAUGGUCCCGUAUCGCCGAGCUCGUGUUCUCGCUCGGCGCAGAUUGCUGAAAGCUUACCGCGAUAUGCUGGUCAAGAGCGUCGAUGGCUACAAGAAGUACUCAGUGGCCGAGCUCAUCACGAUCAUCCAAACGAAUGCUUCCUCUAACUAUGACGACGUCGACGUCUGGACACUGAUGGAGUAUAAGCGCGUAUCUGGUAUUAUCCAUCUUGAUCCCAAACUUGCUGAGGUGCUCCAGGUCUAUCGAUAUGAAGACGCUAAUUACCAGGAGGUGUUCCACCGUGUGUACAAACGACGUCCAACUCCGGAGGAGCUGGCCAGCGUAGAAGUAGCCUUUUCCGAGUAAUUUAGCACUC